AUGUUAGUUCGGGUCCUGAUGAUCCGGAUUCGGGAAAGGUUGUUGGGUUUGUAGUAAACGGGUCGGAGUCGGCAGAUAAAGUGUUAUGGCUAUCGGCGAUGAUUUCAUUUUCGGGCUUGGAGGCAACGACGGAGAGAGCCAACGUGAAUAAGAGAACGGUGACGGUAACGGCGAGCUUGGCCAUUGUUGAAAUUAUGCAAAAAGUCUAAAAUGGGGUUUCUGAGAUUUCCAGCAGGUUUCAUCAUCAAUGGAAGCUUCAAAUAAAAGAAGAAGGGAAGCUGAAGAGUUAUGUUUCGCUGAUGAAGAAUCAGAGAUUUCAUCUUCUUCUUUGCCGGUAGUCAUAUUUGCUCACGGUGCCGGAGCUCCCUCUUCUUCCGACUGGAUGAUUCGAUGGAAGGAUAAGCUAAAGAAGAGCUUAUCAGCCGUUGAAGUUAUCACAUUUGAUUACCCUUAUAUUGCUGGAGGGAAAAGAAGAGUUCCUCCAAAAGCUGAAAAGCUCGUUCAAUUUCAUUUAGAUCUUGUCAAAGAAACUGCUGCUAAGUUCCCUGGUCAUCCUUUGAUAUUGGCUGGUAAAUCAAUGGGUUCAAGGUAUAUCUCCUUCUCUCUCAUACUCUGUUUACAAACCCUUUUUAAAAUAUUGAAUGUGAUUUUAUCCUUUUGCAGAGUAAGCUGCAUGGUAGCCGUGGAUGAAGAUAUUCCGGUUUCAGCUGUUAUAUGCUUGGGAUAUCCACUUAAGGGCAUGAAAGGUGCAAUAAGAGAUGAAACCUUGUUGAAAAUGGAAAUCCCUGUGAUGUUUGUGCAGGGUAGCAAAGAUCCUAUGUGUCCACUGGAUAAGCUCCAAGCUGUUUGCAACAAAAUGAAAGCUGUGACUGAAGUGCAUGUCAUCGAUGGUGGAGAUCACUCCUUCAAGAUUGGGAAGAAGCACCUUGAAGCAAAGGGUUUGACACAAGAUCUAGUUGAAGAUGUCGCUCUGCAAGCAAUUGCAGCUUUUGUCUCCAAGUCUCUUGCUUUCUGAAAAGUCAUAAUAGUAACCGCUUUACAGAUUUGUAAACCAAGCAAUUGCAGAUCAAUUUUUUUUUUAAUGUGUUAAAUUUUUUCAACUCAAAAGCUUUUCUUACAAUAGAUGCAUCGUUUGACUAAUUUCCUAUCAGCUAAACAACUUUAAAACAGAUAACAGAAAAGAAUAAAGGAGAAUGAAGAGUUCUGUGUCAAUGAAUGUUGCGUAUUUGGUCAAGAUCUAGUAUCCACUUACGUUUGUCCCCUUAUUUUUUACAGAACAGAUACCUGCAAGCGUUUCUGUUGUGCAAUGUUAAUUAUUGACUUGAUGGAACCAAAUAAAUAACUUCUGAAGUGCUGAUAGACUGACUACAUUUGGUUGGUCAUGCCCAGUACAUGAGCUUCUUAAUUCCAACUCAUAAUUGGCUGAUGUAAUGCCAUCAGUUUAUUAGUGCGGUUAUGAUUUAUGAGGUGUCCUUAACUCAGCAACACGCUUGGCUUAUUUCUCUUCUCUCUGUAUCUUGGUUUGCGACACCAAACUCAUUUCUUUUCUUUUCUUUUUUUGAAAGAAACACUCAGCCUCCAUUACAGAUGGAAUGCCAACGUUAGCAUGGAAGUCUUUUUUACGUGGCGCCUCAUGGUGUGUAUUUGACUUUAAGAGUUUCAACCUUAGGAGUAAUAUAACAUGACUCUUUUCCUCACCGUUACCAAAGCCGUCCAGGUAAUGAUUACUGACAGAGAAAUCACAUAUUUGUUUGAAAUUAAAUCCUCUUGAGAUACUUGAUUCAGUAAUUAUGUGGUUCUGGAUCCUUUGCCGUGAGCGCCCUCGACGAAGGUAUAUUGGCUUUUAUUCAUAAAGACGGACACAGUUGAUGUUACAAGAUUGUAAAUAGAGCUGGGAAUUUGAAUCAUUACCGGCUCGCCCCGUUUGACAUGCCCGCGGCAUGGGUUGAGUGAUUUGAAAAAAUGAUUUGCGGAUGCAGGUCGAAUGUUUUCUAAGAGGACGGGUCAGCCAAAUUAUACCCACUAACCCACAAAAAAAGAGAUUUUUAAUAAAAAACUAUUUUUAAGAAAAUUUAAAAAUUGUUUAAUUUUAAAUAUAAAUAGAUUUUUUAUUAUUUUUAUUAAUAAACAUAUUUUAAAUAAUAAUUUUAUUAUUAUUAAUAUUAUAUGCGGGUCUAGCCGUUUAAGCGGGGCGGUGCAUGUUUUCUACUUUUUUGCGAGUCAAACAAGUCAAAUUUUAUGAAUAAAAAAAUCACUCAACCUACGGAUUAGCAGGUCAAGAGGGACAGGUUUGAUCCGCGAC